AUGAAUAAGGAUGGUAAAGGUGAAAUUGAUGUGGACAAUAUUAUUGAAAGGUUGCUCAGUGUGAGAGGAAGCAAGCCCGGAAAGAAUGUCAAUCUUAGUGAAGCUGAAGUAAGAGGUCUUUGCAUCAAAGCCAGAGACAUUUUCAUAUCCCAACCCAUCUUGUUAGAAUUGGAAGCUCCUUUAAAAAUAUGCGGAGAUGUACAUGGAUAAUAUUUUGAUUUGUUGAGACUUUUUGAAUACGGAGGAUAUCCACCUGAGAGCAAUUAUUUAUUCUUAGGUGAUUAUGUAGAUAGAGGCAAAUAAUCAUUGGAGACUAUUUGUUUAUUGCUAGCUUACAAGAUCAAGUAUCCUGAAAACUUCUUUCUUUUGAGGGGUAAUCACGAAUGUGCAUCAAUCAAUAGGAUCUAUGGAUUUUAUGAUGAAUGCAAAAGAAGAUACACAAUAAAGUUAUGGAAAACAUUCACAGAUUGUUUUAAUUGUCUACCAGUUGCAGCAUUGAUAGAUGAAAAAAUUCUAUGCAUGCAUGGGGGAUUGUCUCCUGAACUUUCAAAUUUGGAAUAAAUAAGACGAAUUAUGAGACCAACAGAUGUGCCAGACACUGGAUUAUUGUGUGAUUUGUUAUGGUCAGAUCCAGACAAAGAUGUGUAAGGUUGGGCAGACAAUGAGAGAGGAGUGUCAUAUGUUUUCAGUCAAGAAAUUGUACAAGUGUUCUUAAAAAAACAUGAAUUGGAUCUCAUAUGUAGAGCACAUCAGGUUGUUGAGGAUGGAUAUGAAUUCUUUUCAAAAAGAUAAUUAGUCACAUUAUUUUCAGCACCAAACUAUUGUGGAGAAUUUGACAAUGCUGGUUCUAUGAUGUCAAUUGAUGAAUCCUUGAUGUGUUCUUUCUAAAUCCUAAAGCCAGCUGAAUAAGGAUAGGGAGCAGCUUAAUAACAUAAAACUGGUAAUGCAAAGUUCGUAAAUUGAUAUAUAUAUAUUUAUUUUACAAAUUUUUCAUUACAUUUAUUU